AUGUAUUGUUGCUCAUUCCUUUCACGGCUGGGCGUCGGGAUGGCGAGCAUGAGUUCCACGCUCGUCGAGACCGUCUCCAUCAACUAUGAGGAUUUUAAUGAGAGCUUCCUCACAUGCGGCACCUGUCUAUGCACUUAUGAUGGAGGCGAACAUACACCAAAGCUUUUGCCAUGUUCCCACACUGUAUGCUUACAUUGCCUAACUCGAAUAGCUGCAUCACAAACAAGGGAUGCUGGAAGCUUUCGAUGUCCCAUUUGUCGCGAGUUGAUUACCAUACCACGUGGUGGUGUGCCAGCAUUACCACCUUCAUUUCUCGUCAAUCAGUUACUUGACUUAAUGGCAAGACAACGAAGAGAAGUAAUACCUCAGUGUAGCUCUCAUCCUGGCAGAGAGCUCUUAUUUUGUGAGACUUGUGAUUGUGUUUUCUGUCGUCAUUGCGCCGACGGCCCACAUAGCGACACACCCUGUGAUCAUACUGUAGUGCCAUUCUCAAUUGCCUUAAAAAGAAUGUCAGAGAUAUUGUUGUAUAGAGCCAAUGAAUGCCUUAGUAAACUAGGUUCUGCUAGAGAAGCUGUUGCAAGUGAGCUAAGAAGGCUAGAAGCAGCCGCUACUGCAGCGGAGGAAGCAAUUGACAGACAUUUUGCGGAACUUAAAGCAGCAUUAGAUAAACGUCACAGUGAGCUGAAGUCAGCUGCGGCAGCCGCUGCUACGCAUAAACGGAAGUUGCUUGAAGAACAACUAAAGUUGAUUGAUGCUGAAACAUCCAAAGUUGAAGCAGAAUGUUCAGGUCUCCAGCAACAAGUAGAAGUUCGCGAGGUUAGCAGCCGCGCGGCAGCAUUAGGUGCGCGACUUGGUGACGCAGCCGCUUUGGCUGAACCGAGAGAGAAUGCCUUUUUAGCCGUCGAUUUCGCCCACAAUGACGCCCAGCAGAGGUUCGUUGAGGCGUUGGCUGAAUUAGGACGGGUGCGGACCAGUACAACGUUCCCCGGCUUGUGUACACUACAAUUAGAGUCUGCGUGCGUGUGCGGGCUGGAGGUGUCGGUGGUGCUGCGCACGGUGGACUACCACGGCGAGCCGCGCAGCACGGGCGGCGACCCGGUCAGCGCGGCCGCCACGCUCGACGACGCGCCGCUGCCCUGCGCCGUCGCGGACCUCGACUCCGGCCUCUACCGGAUCACGAUGCGUCCAUGGAGCGCGGGCGCGCUGUGCGUGCGCGUGCUGGUGUUCGCGCGCGCGGUGCGCGACUCGCCGCUGCGCGCGCCCGUGCUGCCCGCCGCCGCGCCGCUGCUCGUGUGGGGCUCGCGCGGCACCGGCAAGGACCAGCUCAGCCAGCCCGUCGCCGUCGCCAGGUACAAUGAUCCACCUAUAGACUCGCCGCUGCGCGCGCCCGUGCUGCCCGCCGCCGCGCCGCUGCUCGUGUGGGGCUCGCGCGGCACCGGCAAGGACCAGCUCAGCCAGCCCGUCGCCGUCGCCAGGUACAAUGAUCCACCUAUAGACUCGCCGCUGCGCGCGCCCGUGCUGCCCGCCGCCGCGCCGCUGCUCGUGUGGGGCUCGCGCGGCACCGGCAAGGACCAGCUCAGCCAGCCCGUCGCCGUCGCCAGGUACAAUGAUCCACCUAUAGACUCGCCGCUGCGCGCGCCCGUGCUGCCCGCCGCCGCGCCGCUGCUCGUGUGGGGCUCGCGCGGCACCGGCAAGGACCAGCUCAGCCAGCCCGUCGCCGUCGCCAGGUACAAUGAUCCACCUAUAGACUCGCCGCUGCGCGCGCCCGUGCUGCCCGCCGCCGCGCCGCUGCUCGUGUGGGGCUCGCGCGGCACCGGCAAGGACCAGCUCAGCCAGCCCGUCGCCGUCGCCAGGUACAAUGAUCCACCUAUAGACUCGCCGCUGCGCGCGCCCGUGCUGCCCGCCGCCGCGCCGCUGCUCGUGUGGGGCUCGCGCGGCACCGGCAAGGACCAGCUCAGCCAGCCCGUCGCCGUCGCCAGGUACAAUGAUCCACCUAUAGACUCGCCGCUGCGCGCGCCCGUGCUGCCCGCCGCCGCGCCGCUGCUCGUGUGGGGCUCGCGCGGCACCGGCAAGGACCAGCUCAGCCAGCCCGUCGCCGUCGCCAGGUACAAUGAUCCACCUAUAGACUCGCCGCUGCGCGCGCCCGUGCUGCCCGCCGCCGCGCCGCUGCUCGUGUGGGGCUCGCGCGGCACCGGCAAGGACCAGCUCAGCCAGCCCGUCGCCGUCGCCAGGUACAAUGAUCCACCUAUAGACUCGCCGCUGCGCGCGCCCGUGCUGCCCGCCGCCGCGCCGCUGCUCGUGUGGGGCUCGCGCGGCACCGGCAAGGACCAGCUCAGCCAGCCCGUCGCCGUCGCCAGGUACAAUGAUCCACCUAUAGACUCGCCGCUGCGCGCGCCCGUGCUGCCCGCCGCCGCGCCGCUGCUCGUGUGGGGCUCGCGCGGCACCGGCAAGGACCAGCUCAGCCAGCCCGUCGCCGUCGCCAGGUACAAUGAUCCACCUAUAGACUCGCCGCUGCGCGCGCCCGUGCUGCCCGCCGCCGCGCCGCUGCUCGUGUGGGGCUCGCGCGGCACCGGCAAGGACCAGCUCAGCCAGCCCGUCGCCGUCGCCAGGUACAAUGAUCCACCUAUAGACUCGCCGCUGCGCGCGCCCGUGCUGCCCGCCGCCGCGCCGCUGCUCGUGUGGGGCUCGCGCGGCACCGGCAAGGACCAGCUCAGCCAGCCCGUCGCCGUCGCCAGGUACAAUGAUCCACCUAUAGACUCGCCGCUGCGCGCGCCCGUGCUGCCCGCCGCCGCGCCGCUGCUCGUGUGGGGCUCGCGCGGCACCGGCAAGGACCAGCUCAGCCAGCCCGUCGCCGUCGCCAGGUACAAUGAUCCACCUAUAGACUCGCCGCUGCGCGCGCCCGUGCUGCCCGCCGCCGCGCCGCUGCUCGUGUGGGGCUCGCGCGGCACCGGCAAGGACCAGCUCAGCCAGCCCGUCGCCGUCGCCAGGUACAAUGAUCCACCUAUAGACUCGCCGCUGCGCGCGCCCGUGCUGCCCGCCGCCGCGCCGCUGCUCGUGUGGGGCUCGCGCGGCACCGGCAAGGACCAGCUCAGCCAGCCCGUCGCCGUCGCCAGGUACAAUGAUCCACCUAUAGACUCGCCGCUGCGCGCGCCCGUGCUGCCCGCCGCCGCGCCGCUGCUCGUGUGGGGCUCGCGCGGCACCGGCAAGGACCAGCUCAGCCAGCCCGUCGCCGUCGCCAGGUACAAUGAUCCACCUAUAGACUCGCCGCUGCGCGCGCCCGUGCUGCCCGCCGCCGCGCCGCUGCUCGUGUGGGGCUCGCGCGGCACCGGCAAGGACCAGCUCAGCCAGCCCGUCGCCGUCGCCAGGUACAAUGAUCCACCUAUAGACUCGCCGCUGCGCGCGCCCGUGCUGCCCGCCGCCGCGCCGCUGCUCGUGUGGGGCUCGCGCGGCACCGGCAAGGACCAGCUCAGCCAGCCCGUCGCCGUCGCCAGGUACAAUGAUCCACCUAUAGACUCGCCGCUGCGCGCGCCCGUGCUGCCCGCCGCCGCGCCGCUGCUCGUGUGGGGCUCGCGCGGCACCGGCAAGGACCAGCUCAGCCAGCCCGUCGCCGUCGCCAGGUACAAUGAUCCACCUAUAGACUCGCCGCUGCGCGCGCCCGUGCUGCCCGCCGCCGCGCCGCUGCUCGUGUGGGGCUCGCGCGGCACCGGCAAGGACCAGCUCAGCCAGCCCGUCGCCGUCGCCAGGUACAAUGAUCCACCUAUAGACUCGCCGCUGCGCGCGCCCGUGCUGCCCGCCGCCGCGCCGCUGCUCGUGUGGGGCUCGCGCGGCACCGGCAAGGACCAGCUCAGCCAGCCCGUCGCCGUCGCCAGGUACAAUGAUCCACCUAUAGACUCGCCGCUGCGCGCGCCCGUGCUGCCCGCCGCCGCGCCGCUGCUCGUGUGGGGCUCGCGCGGCACCGGCAAGGACCAGCUCAGCCAGCCCGUCGCCGUCGCCAGGUACAAUGAUCCACCUAUAGACUCGCCGCUGCGCGCGCCCGUGCUGCCCGCCGCCGCGCCGCUGCUCGUGUGGGGCUCGCGCGGCACCGGCAAGGACCAGCUCAGCCAGCCCGUCGCCGUCGCCAGGUACAAUGAUCCACCUAUAGACUCGCCGCUGCGCGCGCCCGUGCUGCCCGCCGCCGCGCCGCUGCUCGUGUGGGGCUCGCGCGGCACCGGCAAGGACCAGCUCAGCCAGCCCGUCGCCGUCGCCAGGUACAAUGAUCCACCUAUAGACUCGCCGCUGCGCGCGCCCGUGCUGCCCGCCGCCGCGCCGCUGCUCGUGUGGGGCUCGCGCGGCACCGGCAAGGACCAGCUCAGCCAGCCCGUCGCCGUCGCCAGGUACAAUGAUCCACCUAUAGACUCGCCGCUGCGCGCGCCCGUGCUGCCCGCCGCCGCGCCGCUGCUCGUGUGGGGCUCGCGCGGCACCGGCAAGGACCAGCUCAGCCAGCCCGUCGCCGUCGCCAGGUACAAUGAUCCACCUAUAGACUCGCCGCUGCGCGCGCCCGUGCUGCCCGCCGCCGCGCCGCUGCUCGUGUGGGGCUCGCGCGGCACCGGCAAGGACCAGCUCAGCCAGCCCGUCGCCGUCGCCAGGUACAAUGAUCCACCUAUAGACUCGCCGCUGCGCGCGCCCGUGCUGCCCGCCGCCGCGCCGCUGCUCGUGUGGGGCUCGCGCGGCACCGGCAAGGACCAGCUCAGCCAGCCCGUCGCCGUCGCCAGGUACAAUGAUCCACCUAUAGACUCGCCGCUGCGCGCGCCCGUGCUGCCCGCCGCCGCGCCGCUGCUCGUGUGGGGCUCGCGCGGCACCGGCAAGGACCAGCUCAGCCAGCCCGUCGCCGUCGCCAGGUACAAUGAUCCACCUAUAGACUCGCCGCUGCGCGCGCCCGUGCUGCCCGCCGCCGCGCCGCUGCUCGUGUGGGGCUCGCGCGGCACCGGCAAGGACCAGCUCAGCCAGCCCGUCGCCGUCGCCAGGUACAAUGAUCCACCUAUAGACUCGCCGCUGCGCGCGCCCGUGCUGCCCGCCGCCGCGCCGCUGCUCGUGUGGGGCUCGCGCGGCACCGGCAAGGACCAGCUCAGCCAGCCCGUCGCCGUCGCCAGAUACAAUGAUCCACCUAUAGACUCGCCGCUGCGCGCGCCCGUGCUGCCCGCCGCCGCGCCGCUGCUCGUGUGGGGCUCGCGCGGCACCGGCAAGGACCAGCUCAGCCAGCCCGUCGCCGUCGCCAGGUACAAUGAUCCACCUAUAGACUCGCCGCUGCGCGCGCCCGUGCUGCCCGCCGCCGCGCCGCUGCUCGUGUGGGGCUCGCGCGGCACCGGCAAGGACCAGCUCAGCCAGCCCGUCGCCGUCGCCAGGUACAAUGAUCCACCUAUAGACUCGCCGCUGCGCGCGCCCGUGCUGCCCGCCGCCGCGCCGCUGCUCGUGUGGAGCUCGCGCGGCACCGGCAAGGACCAGCUCAGCCAGCCCGUCGCCGUCGCCAGGUACAAUGAUCCACCUAUAGACUCGCCGCUGCGCGCGCCCGUGCUGCCCGCCGCCGCGCCGCUGCUCGUGUGGGGCUCGCGCGGCACCGGCAAGGACCAGCUCAGCCAGCCCGUCGCCGUCGCCAGGUACAAUGAUCCACCUAUAGACUCGCCGCUGCGCGCGCCCGUGCUGCCCGCCGCCGCGCCGCUGCUCGUGUGGGGCUCGCGCGGCACCGGCAAGGACCAGCUCAGCCAGCCCGUCGCCGUCGCCAGGUACAAUGAUCCACCUAUAGACACGCCGCUGCGCGCGCCCGUGCUGCCCGCCGCCGCGCCGCUGCUCGUGUGGGGCUCGCGCGGCACCGGCAAGGACCAGCUCAGCCAGCCCGUCGCCGUCGCCAGGUACAAUGAUCCACCUAUAGACUCGCCGCUGCGCGCGCCCGUGCUGCCCGCCGCCGCGCCGCUGCUCGUGUGGGGCUCGCGCGGCACCGGCAAGGACCAGCUCAGCCAGCCCGUCGCCGUCGCCAGGUACAAUGAUCCACCUAUAGACUCGCCGCUGCGCGCGCCCGUGCUGCCCGCCGCCGCGCCGCUGCUCGUGUGGGGCUCGCGCGGCACCGGCAAGGACCAGCUCAGCCAGCCCGUCGCCGUCGCCAGGUACAAUGAUCCACCUAUAGACUCGCCGCUGCGCGCGCCCGUGCUGCCCGCCGCCGCGCCGCUGCUCGUGUGGGGCUCGCGCGGCACCGGCAAGGACCAGCUCAGCCAGCCCGUCGCCGUCGCCAGGUACAAUGAUCCACCUAUAGACUCGCCGCUGCGCGCGCCCGUGCUGCCCGCCGCCGCGCCGCUGCUCGUGUGGGGCUCGCGCGGCACCGGCAAGGACCAGCUCAGCCAGCCCGUCGCCGUCGCCAGGUACAAUGAUCCACCUAUAGACUCGCCGCUGCGCGCGCCCGUGCUGCCCGCCGCCGCGCCGCUGCUCGUGUGGGGCUCGCGCGGCACCGGCAAGGACCAGCUCAGCCAGCCCGUCGCCGUCGCCAGGUACAAUGAUCCACCUAUAGACUCGCCGCUGCGCGCGCCCGUGCUGCCCGCCGCCGCGCCGCUGCUCGUGUGGGGCUCGCGCGGCACCGGCAAGGACCAGCUCAGCCAGCCCGUCGCCGUCGCCAGGUACAAUGAUCCACCUAUAGACUCGCCGCUGCGCGCGCCCGUGCUGCCCGCCGCCGCGCCGCUGCUCGUGUGGGGCUCGCGCGGCACCGGCAAGGACCAGCUCAGCCAGCCCGUCGCCGUCGCCAGGUACAAUGAUCCACCUAUAGACUCGCCGCUGCGCGCGCCCGUGCUGCCCGCCGCCGCGCCGCUGCUCGUGUGGGGCUCGCGCGGCACCGGCAAGGACCAGCUCAGCCAGCCCGUCGCCGUCGCCAGGUACAAUGAUCCACCUAUAGACUCGCCGCUGCGCGCGCCCGUGCUGCCCGCCGCCGCGCCGCUGCUCGUGUGGGGCUCGCGCGGCACCGGCAAGGACCAGCUCAGCCAGCCCGUCGCCGUCGCCAGGUACAAUGAUCCACCUAUAGACUCGCCGCUGCGCGCGCCCGUGCUGCCCGCCGCCGCGCCGCUGCUCGUGUGGGGCUCGCGCGGCACCGGCAAGGACCAGCUCAGCCAGCCCGUCGCCGUCGCCAGGUACAAUGAUCCACCUAUAGACUCGCCGCUGCGCGCGCCCGUGCUGCCCGCCGCCGCGCCGCUGCUCGUGUGGGGCUCGCGCGGCACCGGCAAGGACCAGCUCAGCCAGCCCGUCGCCGUCGCCAGGUACAAUGAUCCACCUAUAGACUCGCCGCUGCGCGCGCCCGUGCUGCCCGCCGCCGCGCCGCUGCUCGUGUGGGGCUCGCGCGGCACCGGCAAGGACCAGCUCAGCCAGCCCGUCGCCGUCGCCAGGUACAAUGAUCCACCUAUAGACUCGCCGCUGCGCGCGCCCGUGCUGCCCGCCGCCGCGCCGCUGCUCGUGUGGGGCUCGCGCGGCACCGGCAAGGACCAGCUCAGCCAGCCCGUCGCCGUCGCCAGGUACAAUGAUCCACCUAUAGACUCGCCGCUGCGCGCGCCCGUGCUGCCCGCCGCCGCGCCGCUGCUCGUGUGGGGCUCGCGCGGCACCGGCAAGGACCAGCUCAGCCAGCCCGUCGCCGUCGCCAGGUACAAUGAUCCACCUAUAGACUCGCCGCUGCGCGCGCCCGUGCUGCCCGCCGCCGCGCCGCUGCUCGUGUGGGGCUCGCGCGGCACCGGCAAGGACCAGCUCAGCCAGCCCGUCGCCGUCGCCAGGUACAAUGAUCCACCUAUAGACUCGCCGCUGCGCGCGCCCGUGCUGCCCGCCGCCGCGCCGCUGCUCGUGUGGGGCUCGCGCGGCACCGGCAAGGACCAGCUCAGCCAGCCCGUCGCCGUCGCCAGGUACAAUGAUCCACCUAUAGACUCGCCGCUGCGCGCGCCCGUGCUGCCCGCCGCCGCGCCGCUGCUCGUGUGGGGCUCGCGCGGCACCGGCAAGGACCAGCUCAGCCAGCCCGUCGCCGUCGCCAGGUACAAUGAUCCACCUAUAGACUCGCCGCUGCGCGCGCCCGUGCUGCCCGCCGCCGCGCCGCUGCUCGUGUGGGGCUCGCGCGGCACCGGCAAGGACCAGCUCAGCCAGCCCGUCGCCGUCGCCAGGUACAAUGAUCCACCUAUAGACUCGCCGCUGCGCGCGCCCGUGCUGCCCGCCGCCGCGCCGCUGCUCGUGUGGGGCUCGCGCGGCACCGGCAAGGACCAGCUCAGCCAGCCCGUCGCCGUCGCCAGAUGCCCAAAGAGACGCGAAAUCUAUGUGCUGGAUGCCGGCAACUCAAGGGUCAAGGUGUUAGAUGACGAAACAUUCGCUUUUAAAACGCAUAUUGUAAAUGAAGGAUUAGCGGGUCGUAGUUGUACAGGGAUUGCGGUAACAGCGGAAGGAGUGGUAGCCGUUAAUUGGCGGACACGCACUUUAACCGAGGUGCGAAUAGAUGGGUCGACGGUGCGAACGAUCCGGUCGGAGCGGCUGGUAGAGCCGGUGUGCGUGGCGGCCGACGUGCCCUCACGCCGCCUCGCCGUCGCCGACAACGGCGCACGAGCCGUCUUCAUCUUCGACGCACACGGCAACAUCGAGCGAGAGAUCGGCAAUGGUGAACUAGGGCUUGUCGGAGGCCUGGCUUUAUCCGAAGACAUGAUUAUCAUAGCUGAUGUUGCCGUACGGAUUUACGACUCUGAGGGGAAUUUGAAAAACACAUUAGCACCAGUGCCUAAAGGUCGCGGCGGGUACGGCGGCGUGGCGCUGGAGCGGUGCGCGGGCUGCUCGGGCUGUUCGGGCUGGGUGAUCGUGUGCACGCGCGCGGUGCGCGGCCGGCCGGCGCUGCUGGCGCUGGAGGCGUGCGAGGCGGGCGGGGCGGCGGGCGGCGCGGCGGGCGGGCAGGCGGGCGGGCGCGUGCUGGCGGCGUGCGAGCUGGCCGAGCGCCGGCCGCGCCGCGUGGCCGGCCUGGCGCUGCUGCCGCGCCGCCGCGCGCUGCUCGCCGACCUGGCCGGCGACUGCCUGCGCCUGCACGCCUACUGGUGA